GACUUCCGGUCGCCGCCCGCCGGUGCGAGGUCCUGCCGCCCCCGCGCUCCGCCCGCGCCCCCCGGUCCGGUCCGGGCCGGUCGCCGCCGACCGAGGCCGUCGCGGCCGCAAUGGGCGCCUACUUAUCGCAGCCCAACACGGUGAAGAGCUCCGGGGACGGCGCCGGGCUCGGGCCGCGCCCGCUGCACUUCGGGUUCAGCGCCAUGCAGGGAUGGCGCGUCUCCAUGGAGGAUGCCCACAACUGCAUUCCCGAGCUGGACAGUGAAACAGCCAUGUUCUCCGUCUACGAUGGACAUGGAGGAGAAGAAGUUGCCCUGUACUGCGCCAAGUACCUCCCUGAGAUCAUCAAAGAUCAGAAGGCCUACAAGGAAGGCAAAUUGCAAAAGGCCCUGGAAGAUGCGUUCUUGGCCAUUGAUGCCAAGCUCACCACCGAGGAGGUGAUUAAGGAGCUCUCCCAAAUGGCCGGGCGGCCCCAGGAUGAUGAAGAUGAGAAAGAGAAAGUUGCUGAUGAAGAUGAUGUGGAUAAUGAGGAAGCUGCUCUUCUGCACGAAGAAGCCACAAUGACCAUUGAGGAGCUUCUCACACGUUAUGGACAAAACUGCACCAAGAACCUCAAAGCCAAGUCCGUAGCUGCAGCUGGGGAUAACACUGCGGAGGGGACAGGCAAGCAGCAUGAUGGGGAGUCAAAUAUGAAUGGAGAGGCUGACCCAGGGGAGCUUCCUGACCACAAGGAGAGGAAGAACGGGAAGCCAGAUGAAGAAAUCACGGGUAUUUCCUCCACCUCAGACAAAGCCAGCGCUGGAGGCAACAGCCCUGCUCUGCAGAAGCCUGAACUAGGCAAAGGUGACGAGGCCGUCACCUCUUCUACUGGGGAGGCCGGGCCCUCCUGCUCCUCCACGGGAAAGCCCCAGCGCACAACCAAAUCCAAAUUUUUUGAGGACAGUGAGGAUGAGUCAGAUGAGGUUGAGGAAGAGGAGGAAGACAGUGAGGAGUGCAGUGAGGAUGAGGAUGGUUACAGCAGCGAAGAAGCAGAGAAUGAAGAUGAUGAAGAUGACACUGAAGAAUUAGAGGAGGAUGAGGAUGAAGAGGAGGAAAUGUUGUUACCAGGCAUGGAGGGGAAAGAGGAGCCCGGCUCGGACAGCGGGACCACCGCUGUCGUGGCGCUGAUCCGGGGCAAGCAGCUGAUCGUGGCCAACGCCGGGGACUCGCGCUGCGUCGUGUCGGAGGGCGGCAAGGCCGUCGACAUGUCGUACGACCACAAGCCAGAGGACGAGGUGGAGCUGGCCAGGAUAAAGAACGCUGGCGGCAAGGUCACCAUGGACGGGAGGGUGAACGGCGGCCUCAACCUCUCCAGGGCCAUCGGGGAUCACUUCUACAAGCGGAACAAGAACCUCCCUCCAGAAGAGCAGAUGAUCUCUGCCUUGCCUGACAUCAAAGUGCUGACAAUAAAUGAUGACCACGACUUCAUGGUCAUUGCCUGUGAUGGAAUCUGGAAUGUGAUGAGCAGCCAGGAAGUGGUGGAUUUCAUCCAGUCCAAGAUCACUCAAAAGGAUGAGAACGGAGUCCUGCGGCCGCUCUCCUCCAUCGUAGAAGAGCUGCUGGAUCAGUGCUUGGCUCCAGACACCUCAGGAGACGGCACCGGCUGCGAUAACAUGACCUGCAUCAUCAUCAGCUUCAAACCCCGUAACACACACCCACCUGCUGAGAGCGGGAAGCGGAAACUGGGGGAGGUGGCGGCACCAGUGGAGGAGAACGGCGGGGACAGCACCAAGAAGGCCAAGCUGGAGUAGCGGGGCCUGCCCAGGGACUGGGCUGUGCUCACCAGACUCUCAUUUCUUACCCAUGCUGAACUCAAGACUCCAAGUCUUGUCCUUUUUUUA